GAUGAUGCUGCUCCAGACGAAGUUGAGGAGUACAACCAGAAGCUCGAGGACCGAAAGGCCAAGCUGGCACCAGAAGAGAAGGAGACUGAAGUUCGCGAAAUCUUCUGCCGCGGGUUCAUGAAGAACAAGUUUGGACCGGCCUGCUCGCGAUUUGAGGUAAUCGCCAAGGAAGCAACUGUCGCGGCUCGUAUCUCGCAAGCCGGUGGCCUGACAUUGGCGGACCGAUUGCGGCCAUAUCUGGGUCAAGCCGCUGCAGAGGCACCUGAGGGAGACGAGCUCGAGGAAGGAGAGGAAGCUCAAGUCGAAACCCAGGACUUUGGAGAUGGACUUCUCGUGACAAUGGCGGCCAUCGUAACUGAGCUGUCUGAUUUCGUGGAGACCAUGCAAUUGCCGAUUCGAGCCUCAGCUGCUGAGGAGGAAGCGGCAAGAGCAGAGCUGGAAGAGCUCGGAAAGCCAGCUGUGGACGAGGAUGGCAAAGAAACCAUCCCGGCCCCACUGCUCAUAGUUCUUGGCGGCGGCUCCAGCACGGAGAAUCAAGAGGAGGUCCUCCUGAAAAAGCUGGAGCUGCUUAUAGGGCUCUCACGUUUCGCGGAGCAUGAGAAGGGUGGCGUGCACGUCUACAUCGGUGGCGCCCUUGCGAGCUACGUGCUGUCAGGUGUCCUUGGCAUGUCGAUGGGCGCCAGCUCCGUUGAUGAUGGUGCGAUCAAAGCGUCGCUCAAGGAGGCUCUUUUGGAAGUGAUGAGGCCUUCGUUGUCGAUUUCGUUGCCCCUUGAUCUCGUGUGCGAGGAGGUCGCCCAUGAGGCCAAAGAUGGAGAGGAGCCCGGCGAGCCUCAGGAUGCCGGCACUGGACACACAGCAUCGCUAGCGGCCGCAUGGCGACAAGUCGCCAGCACGCCGCUUUUCCUUGGAUAUUCUGAUUGUCGUGAGUGCUACAUCUCAGUGGACACGCAGCACGGCACCCUUCAUCUUCACAAGUGCGAGCCAGGACAGCCUCCACAUGGUGAAGGAGUCGAAGAAGAAGAUACCGCAGAUGCGGAGGCUGGCGAGGUUGCAGCAAACGCCAGUGGCAUCCCUGAAGUCUGGAUGGUGCGGGACAUUGGUCCUGCAGCAGUGGAACAGCUCAGGAUGCUCCUCAGGCGAAGCCGUGGUGCAAUCUGGAAUGGAGCCUUGGGCUGCCACGAGGAUGCACGCUGGCAGAAGGGCACCCAAGAACUGAUCAACCUGAUCGAGGGUCGCUUAACCGGCGCCGGCGAGGCUGAGGAGGAAGAAGAUGAAGACGAAGAGGACGAAGAGGAAGAGGAGGAAGGUGACGAUGACGGCGAUGAGGAUGGAGAAGCAAAGCCAAGGAAAGAACCGAAGCUACCGAAAGAACGCCCAGCAGAAUUUGAGGUAGCUGCCGUCCUUGGUCGUGACAGUUCCCGGCUUCUCUCGGAGAUUGCGGAAAAUCCAGCACUCGUUUCGUUUGUCUCGAACACGGGCGAGGGUUUUCUUCGCAUCCUCCGCGGUGCACCAUUGCCUGUGUCACCACAGAAGGCGCAGGCAAGCUUGUAG